CCGGUCCCUAUCCUGGAGAAACUUCCUCUCCAGAUUGACUGUCUUGCGGCCUGGGAGGACUGGCUUCUAGUCGGGACCAAACCAGGCCAUCUGCUGCUCUACAGAAUCAAAAAGGAUGCAGGUACCAACAGGUUUGAGGUGACUCUGGAGAAAUCCAACAAGAACUUCUCCAAGAAGAUCCAGCAGCUCUUCAUUGUCUCACAGUACAAGAUCCUCAUCAGUCUACUGGAGAACAACAUCCAUGUCCACGACCUAUUGACCUUUCAGCAGAUUACUGUGGUCUCCAAGGCCAAAGGGGCAACGCUCUUCGCCUGUGACCUGCAGCUGUCCCCUUCAGGAGAGGCCCAGCUGCGGAUGUGUGUUGCAGUGAAGAAGAAACUUCAGCUGUACUACUGGAAGGACAGGGAGUUCUAUGAGCUGCAGGGGGACUUUUCUGCUCCAGACAUCCCGAAGUCCAUGGCCUGGUGUCAGAACUCCAUCUGUGUAGGCUUCAAGAGGGACUACUACCUCAUCCGGAUGGAUGGUCGUGGUUCCAUCAAGGAGCUCUUCCCCACGGGGAAGCAGCUGGAGCCCCUGGUGGUCCCUCUGGCUGAUGGGAAGGUGGCGGUGGGGCAGGAUGACCUCACGGUGGUGCUCAACGAGGAGGGGGUCUGCACUCAGAAGUGUGCCCUCAACUGGACUGACAUCCCUAUUGAUAUGGAACACCAGCCCCCCUACAUCAUAGCUGUCCUGCCUCGCUAUGUGGAGAUCAGGACCUUUGAACCCAGACUGCUGGUCCAGAGUGUGGAGCUACAGAGACCGCGAUUCAUCACCUCAGCUGGGCCUAAUAUAGUGUACGUUGCCAGCAACCAUUUUGUGUGGCGUCUGGUGCCUGUGUCCAUCGCCAGUCAGAUCAGACAGUUACUACAGGACAAGCAGUUUGAACUGGCCCUGCAACUGGCGAAGAUGAAGGAUGAUGUGGAAGGAGACAAGAGACAGCAGAUUCACCACAUCCAGAAUCUCUAUGCCUUCAAUCUGUUCUGUCAGAAGAGGUUCGAUGACUCCAUGCAGGUGUUCGCUAAGCUCGGCACAGAUCCCACCCAUGUGAUUGGUCUGUAUCCUGACCUGCUCCCCGCUGACUACCGUAAACAGCUGCACUACCCCAACCCCCUGCCCAGUCUGUCUGGAGCAGAGCUGGAGAAGGCUCACCUCGCGCUCAUAGACUACCUGACACAGAAACGCAGUCACCUGGUGAAGCAGCUGAACGACUCGGACCCGUCCACGCCGUCUCCCCUCAUGGAAGGAACCCCCACCAUCAAGAGCAGGAAGAAACUCCUGCAGAUCAUCGACACCACGCUGCUCAAAUGCUACCUGCAUACCAACGUGGCCCUGGUGUCCCCUCUGUUGCGUCUGGACAAUAACCACUGUCACAUUGAGGAGAGUGAGUACAUCCUGAAGAAGGCCCACAAGUACAGCGAGCUCAUCAUCCUCUAUGAGAAGAAGGGCCUGCAUCAGAAAGCCCUACAGGUGUUGUUGGACCAGUCCACCAAGGCUAACUCUCCCCUAAAGGGACAUGAGAGGACUGUGCAGUACCUCCAGAGACUGGGGAUGGAGAAUCUAGGCAUCAUCUUUGAGUUCUCUCCCUGGGUGUUGAAGAUCUGUCCUGAAGACGGACUGAAGAUCUUCACUGAGGACCUGACGGAGGUAGAGACCCUUCCCAGAGACAAGGUCCUGAACUUCCUGAGGGAGGGCUUUAAGGAGCUGGCUGUCCCCUACCUGGAACACAUCAUACACGUCUGGGAGGACACGGGACCUGAGUUCCAUAACGUCCUCAUUCAGCUGUACCUGGAGAGGGUCCAGGGGCUCAUGAAGCAGUACCUCAACUCCCUGCCUGAGGGUGUUCCUGCAGUGGCUGCUGGGAAGGAGGAGGGGGACCUGGGAGAGUUCAGGAACAAGCUAGUGUGUUUCCUGGAGGUCUCUACCAGCUACGAACCAGGCCGACUCAUCUCUGACUUCCCCUUCGAUGGUCUUCUGGAGGAGCGGGCCCUGCUGCUGGGUCGGAUGGGGAAACAUGAACAGGCCCUCUUCAUCUACGUACACGUCCUGAAGGACACACACAUGGCCAAGGAGUGA